AGGUGCGCCACGCAGCUCCUGACCAUGGUGCAGUGGGGGGAGCUCGACUGCCUCGUGGUGGACACGCCCCCCGGGACGGGGGACGUCCUGCUGACGCUCACCCAGACGCUGCAGAUCGACGGGGCGGUCCUGGUGACCACCGGGAACGAGAUGAGCAUCGCGGACCUGAAGAAGGGCGUCGAGCUCCUCGAGAAGGUGGACGUCCCGACGCUCGCCGUGUGCCACAACAUGGCCGGGCACACGUGCGAGCGGUGCGGCCACGAGAGCGACCUGUUCGUCGACGCGGCCGCCGAGCAGAUUCCGGGGCUGAUGGAGGCCUGCCCCGGGGGCGAUGCCUGGCGCCCUCCGACCACCGCAUCCCCCUGGACGGGCGCCUGUGGCAGGCGCCGCGGGGGCCGCUGCCGCCGCAGGUGCAGGCGUACCCGUACGUCAGGAGCCCCGCCAACGGCGACCGCCCCGCGGCCCGCGCCCUGCGCGCGCUCGCCGAGGGGCUGCUGGCCGCCUUCCUGGCGGGGCGCGGCGCGGGCGGCGCCGGCUGGCGGCGGGCCGAACUGCGGCUGCGGCGCGGGGGAGCCCUGGAGCUGCGGCUGCCCGGUGGUGAGCUGCGGGCGGUGCCCUGCGGCGUCCUCCGGGCGGCGUGCCGCUGCGCCGAGUGCGUCGACGAGUUCACCGGCGAGCAGCUGCUCGACCGCGAGCGGGUGCUGGCGGACGCGUCCCUGCGCGCGGUGUCCGCGGAGGCCGUGGGCAACUACGCGGCGCAGGUGCGCUUCUCGGACGGGCACUCCUCGCUGGUGUCCCUCCGCGUCGCCGAGCAGGUGGCCGGUGCCGGCGGGCCGACGGCGAGCGGUGGCGGGCCCGCGGAGGCGUGGUAGACGGCAGGGGGGCGACCUGGCCCGCCGCCGCCGCUGGGGGGGCGAAGCGGCGCCGCGGCGGCGCAGCGGUCGGGCGAGUCGGCGGGGGUCGAAGAGCGAACAUCCAGAGAUGCGACGCCCCCA